CUAUGAAAUAUUUCACUCCUGCUGCUCCUGUACAGCUAUCAGUGGAAGCUAAAAAGUUAUAUGUUGCUGGUCAGAAGAGCCCAGAAGCAGUGUGACUGAAUUAGAUACUAAAGACUCCCAGCGUACUUUCAGCACAUACACCCAAUUUAUCCCUUCAUUGACCGGCGAGAGUUUGAGUUUAACGCGUUUAAUUAGCAGCUAGGCGAAAUACUUCGGACAAAUGUCCCUUUCUCGGCUCUGUAUCACACUGUGCUUGCGCUCGGCUGCCAGUAUCAUCGAGGUGGCUCCUUUGAACCUGGCUCAGGCACAUCGUGGGAGCUUUAUCAGGUUGCGUUGGGGUUAUUCCCGGAGAUUUUGGUUCCGCGAGAGGCCUUAUUGAACAUUCAGGCAGUAACUGCGAUGGCUAUAUUUGCACAUUCCUCGUGCGGUGUCCAGAUCAGUCAUAUGUUGACUGCCGAAGCUGCUAGGAUGGCACAGUCAUCCAGCCUGAGCAGAGCAACCUGCGACAGUGAAAAUGUUGCUGCAUACCAAAAAACCUUCUGGGUUACAUAUAUACUGGAAAAGACGCUCUCUUUUGCUUGUGGCAGGCCUUCUGUCUUCGUUGAUGCCGAUAUUGGGACGCCUGUCCCAUAUGCUCCAGAGGCAAUAUUCGGAACCUUCGAUUGGUUUCUGGCGAUGGCUCGCUUUAGUCGACUCCUGUCCAAUGCAUGCGUCUCCCUGUUUUCAAUAAGUACGACCUUAGUGCCUGCUAGCGCACUACAUGCUGCCAUUGACGCGUAUGUACUCGAACUGAAAGGCUGGAGGGAGUCUAUUCCAGAGGAGUUUCGCCCUGGCAACCUUUUCCCGCCGUCGAAGAUCUCAGACGAUACAUACAUCUCGAUGGCUCUAAGACUCAAUUACCAUUACUACAGUGCCGUGAUCGCGUUAUCCAGGCUCCGCCUGAAUCUGCCACCCGCCAACUUCUAUCAACAAGUAACGGAGAGCAAGAACGUGUUACUGGCAGCCUGCAGUAGGAUCAUUGAGCUGACAAGAUAUAUCAACCUAGAAAGCUAUACUCCGAUCUGGGUCAUGCUCUCCGUGCCUAUGUCAGCUUCGUUCAUACUCUUCGACUUCAUUGUACACAACCCAACCCAUCCAGACACGAAGCGCAAGCUUCCCCUACUAAGCAUUGCCGCGGGCUACUUUUGCCAUUUGGAAUACGCCUCUGGUGGCACCCUCCCGACCUCACUUCUCUCUGGGAUGGCGUCCAUUGCGCGGGACUUUAUCCGGGACACAGAGUACGGCAGCGCUGGUGGGACGACAGGUAGCGAAUCUCUUGAUGAUAUUCUUCGGCAACCAAUGACGAUUUCGCCGCAACAUCGAGACCCUCUGUUAGGCUUGGUAAGUUUAUCAGAUAUACUUCGAGUGUACCUUGUUCUAAUGCUCCGAUUUGAUAAGGGAGAGCCAGGUCAAUCAGAUGAUACUUUUGCAGCUAACCCGGGAUCAGAGUAUCUCUCUGACCCUAUGGACAAUUUGGAUCUGUCUUCGUUGGAUAGGUUAUCAGGUGGCGUCGACUUCAUGGAUUUGUUUGCGGGUGGUUUCGCAGACAGUAUGCAGUACUACUCGCAGAUCGAUUCCGCUUAACGGACAGAUACGAGCGAUCAAAGAUGGUCAAUUAGCACGGCUACUGGACAUCAUUUAGCUGUAGGCCUACCACUUCUGUUCACAUGUCAUCCCUAAGGCUUGGAGCAAUCUUUCAUCCAUUCUUACAAUUGACUGGGUAGUAGUCUGGAACUAUGUCCUUCGAAUACCUCAUCGAGAAUAAGCAGGCUCGGACAGGAAACUCCGGUAGAGUAGCUGGCACUCCAACUAUGCAAGCGCAGCGCCGGAGACUUUCCGGGUUCAAUUCUCAUUCCGGUGUACCCUGGACCUGGAUCGGAGCAGAUGGUUACUAGUAGUAGGCACAGUUGCUGCACCAAGUGGAAAGUUUAAAAUGCCGAAACACCGAAACACCGAAAC